AUGUUUUAUAUACUAAUCGGUAUAACACUGGUCAUUGGAGGUAUAUCAUCAAUCCCCACUGAUGAUUUAUCUCAGAGUCGAAAUGUAGCAUUUCAAUUUCGAGAAAUGAUUACAGCAGUAACUGGUCGUUCAGCUUUUGAUUAUCUUGGUUAUGGAUGUCAUUGUGGUCUUGGUGGUAAAGGAAAAACAGUCGAUGGAGUUGAUAUGUGUUGUAAAAUUCAUGAUCAAUGUUAUGCUGAUACUUCCACGUAUCUUCAAUUUUGGAAUUUAUGUUCCCCACAUUUAGUUGGUUUUUCAUGGAAAAAUGAUAAUGGUGUCUUGUCGUGUUCUGAUAAACCAGAUACAUGUGCAUAUAAAACAUGUAUGUGUGAUAAACAAGUUGCUGAAUGUUUUGCUCAAAACACCUAUAAUGAUCAUCAUAAAGGAUACAGUAAAAGUCAAUGCUCAUAA